AUGGGCCCCGCCCGAGACCCAGAUUCUCCCAGAGCAAGCCCAGAGGGCAAGGAAGGCACGGAGGGGGGGUCAGUGCGAUUCCGUUCCUGUGAACUUGGCCUUCGUCCCGCCGGCGCCGUCCGCGCUGCACCAGGCACCGCUGGGCGGCCCUCGGAGCGGCCGAUCCCCCCGGGAAUUCCUCCUUUCUCCUCUGACCUGCCUUCGCUUAUCACCAGACUUACGGACGCCUUCCGGAAAACGGCGGCUCUCACCGCCUGCAGCGCGCCUCUGCGCCUCCCCCCUGGCCCGGUGGCUGUCCGUGAAGGCCGAAGCCCCCCUGGACGGCCGCGUCACCCAGCGUCUGGGCUCAGCCCUCAGUCUGUGCCCGGGUUUGGAGCUUUUGUUCAAGAUUCAGAUCCAUCUGCGCACAGCUCCUCCCGCGUGGACCGAAGGCCCAACAGAGCUUAUCCCCACUGGCUUUGCCGUCGUGGUGGGAGUGCGAGGGCGCGUCUCCUUGACCACCGCACUUGCUCGUUGUCUGCGACGCGGCAGAGACUGACCACCAGCCCUGCUCGUGAACCCAGCAUCUUCCCAAGACGGGGUGGCAUCGUUUCCGUGGUCUCACGGUGUCAGGCAACACCCGGGUCUGACUCCCCAGCUGACUUCUGGGAGUUGGAAACCUGGUCUGGAUGGACAGUUUGGUUGUGGAUUGAUGUGAUUGCCACGGAGCAAGGUUCUUGUUAUAUAAAGGAAGUCUCAAAAACAUUUGAAAGAUGUGGAAAUGUGAGAUUCAAGCAGAAUGAAAUCAAGGAAGGUUGAUGGCUUUGGGCCCUGAAACAAAUGAGGAAAGAAUAAAAGAGGACCGAAAUUUUGCUUUCUCAACCCUUCCCUGAAACCACUACCCAAACUUCCUUCUUGAAAAUGAUGGGUGGGACCAGCGUGACUUAAGCUCAGUCUUCAGCAAAGCCUUUGCAGGUGGAGGAGCACAAAGAGAACUUCACGAAGGGCCGGUCGCCUCCCACAUCCGGGUGAACUUCAGAUAAACCUAAUCCUAACUAAUGCACACUGACAAGUUUGCCAAAGCAAGUUCUAUGAGAAGACCUAGACGAUUGGUUUCUUCAAACUGUUUUGAAAAGCUGAACAACUCUGAAGAGGAAAGGAAGAGUAUGCCCUAAAUGGAAAAUGGUAUUCAUAUAAGAAGAAGAUGACUAAAAAAAUACCCACCCAAGCACCUACAACUCAUCUAGCGACAAUGCUAAUAAUACACAGGCUGUGACUGGAGAACUCCAUGAUUUGUGGAGAAGCAGGGAGGCACAGUCCGUCCUCUGGAAGGAAGAUGAGGCAGGGCAGGGCCCACAGAGGGGCUGUCUGUGGUGCUUUGCUUCCUAAGCCAAGUUCAGCAGCCGCAUUUCAGAGUCAAUGUCAUUACUUAUUUCGACCUAAAAUGGAAAAUAUGAAUUACUUUUAAAUAAAUUCAAGAUCAAAAAUCCCAUUCCCUUUUGAUUCAA